AUGGCAUUAAUAAUAUCUAUUGCCAUAUGGAAGAGUCCAUACAUGCUGUUCAAAGGGUGGAAAAGACUGUUAGAAGAUUUGAUUGGAAUAAAGGGACCAUUCUUGGAAACUGAAUGUGUCCCAUUUGCUGGCCUUGCCAUCAUUCUCUGGCCUUUGGCUGUUGUAGUGGCUGAAGACUCAGUGAAGAUGGGGUUUAUAUACAUUGUGUCUGUGGUUUCGCUUUUUGAUGAAUAUGUAAGUGAUUUACUCUACCUGAGAGAGGGAUCCUGCUUUCCCAGGCCGAUAUACCGUAGAAACAUGAGCCAUGCUGUUGAGGGGAAAAACCUUGGAGGAGGUGACAAUGACUUGAAAAACCGGAGGGAUGGGUCACAGAAUUCGAAACAUUCCAUACAACAAUCCAGAAGUAUGAAAUGGGGAAUUCAGCAAUGUAGACCUGUGCAGUCAUGUGAGGUGAAUGGAAGGAUACUCCUCCGUGGUGGUCUGAUAAGCGUUGGGGAAGUUGAGGAAUGCAUUUUGAAAGGCAAUUGCAAAAAGUUAAGCAUCAAGUUACCGGCUUGGUCCCUGCUGCAAUGUCUUCUAACAUCUGCGAAAUCCAAUUCAGAUGGAUCGGUGAUCUCCUAUGAUGUAGUGUUGACGAGGACGAAUGGACCGAAGGAUAGAGUGUUUGAGUGGUUUAUUGGACCUCUACUGAUUAUGAAAGAGCAGCUAAAGAACCUUGAGUUAGAAGGAACUGAAGAGACUUGCCUGAAAGAACUAGUCAUGAAAUGCAAAAAUGAAGUGCUGGAGGAGUCGGAUAGCACUGGAUUCCCAUCUGAUAAUACUGUUAGGAGAGCGCAAUUACAAGCCAUAAUUAGAAGCCUUCCUGGCACCUGA